GGCAUUCCGUAUCAUCAUCUCUUUCCACAACCACCAUCCCCAUGUUGUCCCAAUCGUCUAGGGCGGUCGCCGCCUCCCUGCGCUUGGCCAGUGGGCGCAGGGCGUUCUCCCUGUCGAUGGCGAGGAAGAGCUACGAAGACACCAUCGUCAACCUCAAAAUCAGGCCCGACACUCGUGUUAUCUGCCAAGGCAUCACUGGAAAGACGGCGACCUUUCACGUUGCAGAGGCCCUUGAGUAUGGCACAAACAUGGUUGGCGGGGUUUCUCCUAAGAAAGCAGGCGAGCACCAUCUCGGCCUUCCCGUAUUUGGAAGCGUGAAGGAGGCCGUCAAAGAGGUAAAACCAGAAGCCUCUGUCGUUUACGUUCCUCCUCCCUUCGCUGCCGCUGCCAUCCUAGAGGCAAUUGAGAACGAAAUUGGCUUGAUUGUUUGCAUUACCGAAGGUAUCCCGCAGCAGGACGAGAUCAAGAUAUCGCAAGCGCUCAACAGCCAGUCCAAAUCUCGCCUCGUGGGUCCCAACUGCCCUGGUAUCAUCAACCCACUCGGGUGCAAGAUGGGUAUCCAGCCCGGUCACAUCCAUAAGCCAGGGAAGAUCGGCAUUGUCUCCCGUUCCGGUACUCUGACCUACGAGGCCGUCAACCAGACAACCCUUGCUGGCCUUGGACAAACACUUUGCGUCGGAAUUGGCGGUGACCCAUUCCCUGGCUCAAAGCACGUUGACGUGCUAAAAGUCUUCAUGGAGGAUGAUAAUACUGAGGGCAUUGUCAUCAUUGGUGAGAUCGGUGGUUCGAUGGAGGAAGACGCGGCUGCCUAUCUCGAAGCGGUCAACAAGACCCGUUCCUUGCCCAAGCCCGUAGUCGGCUUCAUCGCUGGCCGCACUGCUCCCCCAGGGCGUCGUAUGGGCCACGCUGGCGCCAUCAUCAGCGGUGGAAAGGGUGGUGCGGAGGACAAGGUACGUGCUUUGCAGAGAGCCGGCGCGAUUAUCUGCGAUAGUCCUGCCGCAAUCGGCGCGACUAUGCUCAAGGCGAUGCAAGACGCAGGCCUGCACUAAUCUUCCCUGACACAAUACACACAAUCCGGUAGAUUUAACAAUACUUCUUUCGGUUAUGGAACGAUUUGUUGAAUACCAUCAAAUCAAAAAGACGAUCAAGCCAAUCAAAUGUGUGGACAGAAUAUCUCGUUUAAUUUUGUCUAAUUUAUUCAUGCUACAACGGG